AUGCAAAUAAUUGAUAAGCUAAUAUCGGUAAUACCUGUGUCGAAUUGGGAUGAAGCGGAACGUAUUCUGGUGGAUUACUGGACACAACAAUGUCCACUUAUUUGUGCACCUAUCAAGGAUCCAUCAUUUGAUUUUAAGAUCGACGAAAAUGCAUUCA